AUGUCUGUUACGGGCAAGGAGGAUGUAUACGAGAGCGAAGAUUUGCCCGAGUCGGAACAGUUCAUCAAUAGUUUCUCUGCGAGGUCUACAGUCGAUUCCACAGAUAAUGAAAAUAUUGAACUGAUCCACUUGGACAUUGAUGCAGCUCGAAAACGGUUCAAGGACCGCACUCUCAACACGCAGAAUAUGACUUCUCCGACUCAAUCGCUAAAAGGCGAGGGAAAUCGUAUGGAAGUUCAAUGUACAUAUAGCGAGCCUGAACUACUGAGCAGAAUUCAUAGAAUAGCAUGCGAAAUUGAUGAGUUAGCACAACAGCUGCAGGAGGACUCGGCUAAGACUACGCCUAUGGUGAAUGAAUCUUCGCUUGCUGCAUUAGCUGAAGAACUCAAGGGCGUGAAAGUAUCGAAGGUCUCUGGUGGUGCACCGGUUUCUAAGGAGAAGGAAACUCCAGCGAAAUCGGACAAGUCUGCCGACGGCAAGCUUCUCUCCUUGGAACAACGUUUACGUCGAAUUGAGACGUUGGUGGGAGAGACAGAUCCGUGUCGCCAGCCUAUCGCAGAUUUCAUGGAAGACAUUCGGUUCCGCCUUGAUGCACUCAAUCCUUCAUAUAUAGAAGGAAUGGAAACGAGGCUAAACUCCAUCCUUUCAAAACUAGAUCAGGUUGACGAUAAGAGGCAAAAGUCCGUGGAUGGCGAAAUGGAAACCAAAGUUAAUGAUUUGUUAGAACUCAUGAGCAAAUGGGAUGUCGUAUGUGCUGCAAUGCCUAGCAAUUUGAAGAAGAUUCAGGGAUUACAUCGACUUCACGAGCAAGCGCAACAUUUCUCUGAAAGGCUUUCGCAGUUGAUUGGUGUACGAGACCAGAUUGAAAAGGCAAUUGCAGCCGAUCGGAUGGCCAUGUGUGAACUUCAGGUGAAAGCGAAGGAGGACAUAUCAGCGGUGCUUGGUCAAAUUGCCAACCUCGAGGAAAGACUGAAGGCUAUCAAGCAAUGA